CACCGUCACCAGAGCCAUUUGUCGGACACACGGGAGGAUGUAGGAUCGCAACACGCAGACGGUCCAGUUGACAGCGAGGAAAGUGGCACUUCUGUCGGAGAGGCGUCCCGGAGAUGUUUGACUCUCGCCGACCGAGUUAGCUUAGCCAGGCUAGGCUAGAUGUUUUAGCUGCAGGACGUCACUGUGUCACCGUCAUUACGUGAAGUGUCACCGGCGGCAGCUGCUCGUUGUACGUCCCGCAGACGAUUAGCUCAUUGUCCGGUGGUCGUGGAGCUAAAAGUGAAGCUUCUCUGUUCAGGUUAAUGUCAUCAGAAGUGAGGUCAACGUCCCUGAGGAGUUUCCUGACACCAGGAAGCGUUUCACCGUUAGCAUAACAGCACUACUUCCGGUCAGGGCUAAACAAAAUAAAAUCUUUACUCGACAAAAGGCUGCAAUUUAACGCGGGUUAACCUCUCAGGGGUUAAAAUGUAAUAAUUAUAAGUUUAUAUUCAUCCAUUUAAAUAUAUAAGGACAUUUUUUAUCGCUAUUCAAACCAGGUAUUUUUAUUAAGACUUUUAUAUUGAAGUGGUUCCCCCCAGCUUCCUGCUCUUGCGAGCUAACUUCCGUUAGCUUGAUGUCGCUAACAACGUGUUUAUGUAACAUUGCCAAAGAGUUUGUGUUUUUUUUACAGUUUUGCUGACGUUUUUUCUAUUUUGGCAGAUGGAACAUUGUUUGGACCUUCACUCUCUUCUCUGCUGCCAAGUUCAUCACAGAGAAAAUAAAGAAUCCACAAAACCUUGGACUUUUAUGUUAUAUAUAUAUAUGUUAUAUCAUACAUAUUUAUUUUAUGCAUCUGAUUUGAUUUGAUGUAAUCUUAUCUAUUUAUGUAAGUAAUUAGAGUUGCCAUUGAUUUUUCACAAAAAAUUUAAACAUACAAUUUAUUUGAGUAAAAUACAACCAAAAACGUGGAUACUGCAAAAACACACCAGGUGGAUUUGAGUUUUAGUGGAAGUCAAGGGCCCUGAAUUCCUAUUUCCACCCCUGUCACUAGGUCUCGGGUGCAUAUAUACUCCCAACAACAUCAAAACACAUCAGUGACCUUCACUGUCACAUUUACACAUCGCACACUGUUGUAAUCUCCUGUCUGUCAACAGGUAUUGAUUGAGCUGCCCUCGAUUAAACCAAGUGCUGUUCACCUUCAGUAUCUUUGCAAGACCCAGAAAACAGGAUGUGUACAACACAGCUCUACGUCACAGGACAACUACUGACAGCCUGAACUUUGUUAGAGUCGGUUAUAUCAGCGUUGUGCUCAAGACUUUAUCAGGCAACACCGAUAAGUGCAUCAAAUAUGAGUGAUCAUCUGUGGGAGAUAAAGAUUAAUGAAUGAUCAGGUUCAAAGUGAAGGGUUGACAUAUAAAUCAGUAGCCUUUUCUGUCGGAGUUGCUCAGUGUGUGUCACCUCAGCCUCAGGUAAGCAGCACACAAACUGACCAUGUUCACAUCAGUGUACACAUCACAGGACAGAAGUCAUUCACAAAACAAACUGAGCUUACAGAAAAACUAAGUUAACGUGAUCGGUUGCAUUUGUUCAGUGUUGCUCUGUGUCUUCUGUUGACAGGAUGUUCAGGUCCCUGCUGCUGCUCCUGGCAGUGUCCGGCCUCCAAGCCGCCCCAAUCGCACUCGCUCGAGGACUGCAGAAGACAUCUUCAACCUACCAGCUCCACGAUGGCUUUCAAAUGGGCACCGAACAUGACAAUGACAUCCGUCCACCCAUUCCAGACAGCUACAGACACGGUAAUGAGCUCUCCAGAAGGUUCCUGGUUGACCUCAACAUUGGCCUGGUGCAAGACAACAUCGCUGCCAUCCGCCCCUCUCUUGGGAAUGGGUUUGGAGAGAUGGACAGAAGACAGAGGCUGACAGAUGAAAUCCCUGUUGAUGUUCCAGCCCAGAAGAACGGUGGUGGUUGGGUGCGGGGGGAGGCACCUGCUGCAAAUCAUGUCCCAGAUGGUUUCAGGCAGGGAACUGAACCUGUUCAUAAAAUCCAAGCAGGCUUUAGGCAGGGAACCGAACCCUUCAUGGCUAUCCCAGAUGGUUUCAGACAGGGAACCGAACCCUUCAUGUCUAUCCCAGAUGGUUUCAGGCAGGGAACCGAACCCUUGAUAACUAUCCCAGAUGGUUUCAGACAGGGAACCGAACCCUUCAUGUCUAUCCCAGAUGGUUUCAGGCAGGGAACCGAACCCUUGAUAACUAUCCCAGAUGGUUUCAGACAGGGAACCGAACCCUUCAUGUCUAUCCCAGAUGGUUUCAGGCAGGGAACUGAACCCUGCAUAACUAUCCCAAAUGGUUUCAGACAGGGAACUGAACCUGUUCAUAAAAUCCAAGCAGGCUUUAGGCAGGGAACCAAACCCUUCAUGGCUAUCCCAGAUGGUUUCAGACAGGGAACCGAACCCUUCAUGUCUAUCCCAGAUGGUUUCAGACAGGGAACCGAACCCUUCAUGUCUAUCCCAGAUGGUUUCAGACAGGGAACCGAACCCUUUAUGUCUAUCCCAGAUGGUUUCAGGCAGGGAACCGAACCCUUCAUGUCUAUCCCAGAUGGUUUCAGGCAGGGAACCGAACCAUUCAUGUCUAUCCCAGAUGGUUUCAGGCAGGGAACUGAACCCUCUGUCUCUAGAACACAGACAGUGGCAUGUAAGGGAGAGGUCAUCAAUGGAAACUGCUAUGAGUUCAACCCCACACCAUUAACCUUCCAGGACGCACAGGUCAUCUGCAGAGCUCUUGCCCCAAAUGCUGAGCUUGCCUCUGUACCCAACAGUGAUCUGCAUUCUCGCCUGGUUUCCCUGGUGACCAAGGGUGGUGAGAAAAACCCUGUGUUGACCUGGCUGGGAGGCACCGUCAAGAACCAGGAGGCAUCAUGGGUAGACGGGUCAGAGUGGGGUUACAGUGACUGGAAGCCGGGUCACCCCAACAUUCAGACUGACAAACCUGUGUGUUUGGAGAUGUUCCAGAUAGAUGAGAGCUGGUGGACAGCCGCUGACUGUGACCUGAGGAGAGCGUCCAUCUGCUCGUACCCGAUCACUGUGUGAAGACCACAAAGAAACAGAGUGGGAAAGUCUGGAUCUUUCUUGCAGAAAACAUUGUUUAAUGUUUGUCUCCUUGAAUAAAACUUUAAGAUUUGUU